AUGGAUCCAAAUAAGCUGCAAUUUGAUUCAGUACGAAUUCGAACCCACCGCCCUGGUGACAUGGGCAUGGUUAUUUACCGGCACGCCCUUCUCUAUGCUACAGAUUAUGGUUGCGAUGAGCGUUUCGAGGCUUUGGUUGCUCGUGUCACAGCCGACUUUAUUGAUCAUUACGACGAAACCAAGGACCGUUGUUGGAUCGCAGAAGUGAUGGAUACUGGAGAAUUCCUUGGGUCAAUUAUGUUGGUUGAAGAUAGAACUUCAACAUUGACCAAGACGGCUAAACUUCGUCUGCUUCUUGUCGAAGACCGCGCUCGAGGAAUAGGAUUGGGUAAAAAGCUGGUGAAACAAAGUAUCGAGUUUGCAAAGAAAUCUGGAUAUGAACGAAUUGAGCUCUGGACACAAAGCUUUCAGUUGGUCCGUGUCGGGGAUGGGCAUGAGAGCUGGAAGGGGCCUGGUACAGCUGAAAUAUGGGAGCUGAAACUAUAG